UUUCAUUAAGUUCACCUUUUGUGCUCCAGUCAAGAAGUCGUAUGGGUUUGGCAUGACAUGAGGAAGAGUAGUGACAUGAUCUGAAAUAAGAACUAAGAAGUAAAAUAAGGUAUUUAUUUAUCAUUCAGGUAAGGUUUAUUUCUUAUAACCAAGUUGAUGCGGUUGUGUAGGACAUUGUCACAACUUGGGAAUCUUCAUCAGACAUUCAAAAUAUUUUAAUAGCAUCAUAAAAGAAACCCGUAUUUCAGGAUAAACAUCAGAUCAGUCAUGCACAUUAGCCAAGAUGUUUUUGAUUAGUCUUUUACUGAUAUCUGUGUGUUGGCAGGGGGCUGGACUCUGGAAACAGUCCGGAGCACAAAAACGAGAAGAUGCAAGUCAGAUUAUCACUAGCAGAGUUUGACACACACUGAAUCUGUUGGAUGGCUCGCACUGUUCUUCUCAUCGGCUGUCUGCUCGCCACAAUCAGCUGCUUAACCACAGCUCAAAGUACCACAUCAGUUAAUGCUAUUACUCCAUCACCUCAUGCAUCCAACGCAACCAACAUGUCGCCCAACGCAACCAACAUGGCGUCCAACGCAACCAAUAGGGCGUCCAACGCAACCACCAUGUCGCCCAACAGAACCAACACGGCGCCCAACACAACCACCAUGUUUCCCAAUGCAACCAACAUGUUGCCAAACAGAACCAACGCGGCGCCCAACGCAACCACCAUGCCGCCCAAUGCACCCAACAUGGCGUCCAACGUAACCACCACGUCACCCAACAGAACCAACACGGCGCCCAACGCAACCACCAUGUCGCCAAACAGAACCAACGCGGCGCCCAACACAACCAACACGCCACCUAAUGCAACUACAACGAAUGCAACAACUCCUCAGGCUCCAUUGUAUGGAAGUUGUGCGAAACCAGAUCUGUGCUGCUCUGGAUUGAAUAACAGCUGUCACCGCUUGAAUUGUUUUUGUGAUGUUGCUUGUCUGAGAUUAAAUGACUGCUGCCCUGAUUUUAAACCCACUUGCCUCGCAGUGAAAAACAGCACCAACAGCUCAAACACAUUUCCACUAACAGGGACGUGUUCACAUCCAACUCUGUGCUGCAGUGGCACAAACUUCAAUUGUUUCAGAGGUUGUUUUUGUGACGAGGCCUGCAAACAGCUCAAUGACUGCUGUCCCGACCUCAACAGCACCUGCAUUUUCAAUACCACAACUGCAGCCCCUCCAGUUAACUCCACUGCAUUACCGCCAUUCACUCCCAGUGCUUUGCCUCCAUUCACCCCCAGUCCAACCCCACCCAAAGAUGUUCUGACAUUGCUCACUAAUCUGGAGGUGGAGGUUUUGGCCGAGGAGUCGUCCACUGAAGCAGAGCGUCAGGCUGCACUGCUUCAGGUUGCCAAAUUGGUGGAGAGUUACUUACGAGGGUAUAAUGACAUCUACUCCUUUGAGGUCACGAGAAUUGAGCCGGUAUCACCAUGUGAUUGAGACAGAAAUCAACCAAGAGGAUGAUAAAUAAAAUAAAAUCUCACUGGACUUUUACUAUUUUAAUAUGAGAUCUGUUUAUUUAUGAUAACGGUUCAAUAAAAGCAUCGCAGUUGCUGACACAAACAUGUAAUUUUUUUUUUUGUAUUUUAGUCUUAAACACAAGCAUUGUGUAUGUUUGAUGCAGUCUAUGGAAAGUGAGAUCUGAGUUUGUUUUUUGGGAAGAUUUCUGUUUAUGGUGUAUGUUUAUUUUUUCUGUGCCUGGAUUCCUAAAUGUUUACCAUGCAAUUCAUGAAAUAAAUAUAAAUAAUUGGACUUUA